AUGAAUCUAAAGCAGACCAAAGCUGAUUACAAACAAUAUCAAGAAUCUGAUUUUUGUCUGCGUAAACCUAAACGCACUUGUAUGAAAAGUUCUACGAACCUAAAAUUCGACAGUAUUGUUUUAGGUGAUAUAACCUCUUCUUUUACAAAUACCAAAGUCGACACUAUGAACCAUAUAUUUGAAGAAAAUAGGGCUUCGUCGCCACAGAUACACCUAAAUGAUGAUUUCUCUCCAAAUGACUUUUCUCCAAAUGAAUAUGAUGACUUCUUUCCAAACAACCUCUCUCCAAAUGACGACUUCUCUCCAAACAACUUCUAUUCAAAUGAUUUCUCUUCAAAUGACUUCUCUCCAAAUGAUUACCAAUCCUCCAUAAAUGAUGAACCAUACAAUGACAGUUCUAGCAAUAACCAAGAUACUGAUAAAGAGUCCAUUGGAAGAGAGUAUGAUGGCAAUAAGAAACAUAAUCAUUAUACUAGACAUACCGGACCAUAUUUUCCAAAUCUUACUACAUUUUUAAUAUUUUUAUGGAUUACAAAACAUCAAAUAGGCUUCGAAGCAUAUAAAGACUUUGCAAAUAUC